AUGGCCGACGCCGACGGAGGGAAGAGAGUCUGCGGCAUGCCGGAGAAGGUGCAGUUGCACGUCGCCAUGCUCUUGCUGCAGUUCGGCUACGCCGGUUUCCACGUCGUCUCCCGGACGGCGCUCAACAUGGGCACCAGCAAACUCGUCUACUCCGUCUACCGCAACAUCAUCGCUUUGAUCCUCCUCUUCCCCUUCGCCUACUUUCUCGAGAAGAACGAACGGCCGACGAUGAAGUUCUCCUUUCUCGUGCAGUUCUUCCUUCUCGCUCUCUGCGGGAUAACGGCGAACCAGGGAUUUUACUUGCUUGGCCUCGACCACACGUCGCCCACCUUCGCCUCCGCCAUCCAGAACUCUGUUCCGGCCAUCACCUUCGCCAUGGCUGCCGCCCUCAGAAUCGAGAAGGUGCGGCUCGACCGGCAAGAUGGAAUCGCGAAGGCUGCCGGAACGCUGGCGUGCGUCGGCGGCGCCACCGUGAUCACGCUCUACAAAGGGCCGCCCAUAUUUGACCGCGCGUCUACGUCGGCGCUGAACUCUGCAGCGCCGGCGUUCAUGGCGGAGGGGAAGAACUGGAAGCUGGGCUGCGUCUACCUCAUCGGCCACUGCCUAUCCUGGUCGGGGUGGCUGGUGCUCCAGAAGCCGGUGCUGAAGAAGUACCCCGCCAGGCUCUCCGUCACCUCCUUCACCUGCUUCUUCGGCCUCCUCCAGUUCCUCAUCAUCGCCGCCUUCAUCGAGCCCGACUCCGACGCCUGGGCCUUCCACUCCACCGGCGAGCUUUUCGCCAUCUUCUACGCCGGAUUCGUAGCGUCCGGAAUCGCCUUCUCCGUUCAAAUAUGGUGCAUCGACAGGGGAGGCCCUGUGUUCGUGGCCGUGUACCAGCCAGUUCAAACUCUGGUCGUCGCGAUCAUGGCUUCCAUCGUUCUAGGCGAGAAAUUCUACCUCGGCAGCAUCAUCGGAGCUGUCUUCAUCGUCGCCGGACUGUACCUGGUGCUGUGGGGGAAGAGUCAGGAGAGGAUCUUUGCUACCGAGGAGGCCUCCAUUGUCUCUUCCAGCUGCGUCCAUGAUGGCCUCAGGCCAUCGGCUGCCUCGCUCAAAGCUUCUUCCAGCCUUGCUCAGCCACUGUUGCCCUCGUCGAUCUCCGAGAGUGCCUGAUAGAAUGCUUUCAGCAAGAUUGUCUAGGUUUUCUAAGGUUGCAA